AUGUACACUUUCGAACAAAGUGACAACGAAACGGUCGAUGACACAAUCAGUAGCGGAAACCCAGUCAGCAAUCCCGAAACUCCUUCAGUAGCUACGAAUGUCGAUACCGUGACAAACGCCGGGGAUGAUGAUGCCCGGGAUUCCUUUGUCAGCAACGAGACACAUACAAGUACAAGCUACGGUCUAGAGUUAAUCAAGAGUCGAGAUGAGCCCUGGACCCCAAGAGUGUCUCCACGGCCCUCCCAACAAAACCUAAGGCCCGAAGAAGAACAAAGCACCUCGGAGCCUAUUGGAGAUAAUGAGAAUGGUGAGGAGAGCAGCGGCUCCAGUCAGAUUUUCUAG